CAAUGCUUCGGCAUUAGAGAAAGAGAUUGGUCCAGAACAGUUUCCAGUCAAUGAGCACUAUUUUGGAUUAGUCAAUUUUGGGAAUACCUGCUACUGCAAUUCAGUUCUUCAAGCACUUUAUUUUUGUCGUCCAUUUCGGGAAAAAGUUCUUGCAUAUAAGAGUCAACCUAGGAAAAAGGAGAGCCUUCUUACAUGCUUAGCAGAUCUCUUCCAUAGCAUAGCCACUCAGAAGAAAAAGGUUGGAGUAAUACCCCCUAAGAAGUUCAUCACAAGAUUACGCAAAGAAAAUGAGCUUUUUGACAACUACAUGCAACAAGAUGCCCAUGAAUUCUUAAAUUACCUGCUAAAUACAAUUGCUGAUAUUUUACAAGAAGAGAGAAAGCAGGAAAAACAAAAUGGUCGCUUACCUAAUGGUAAUAUUGAUAAUGAAAAUAAUAACAGCACACCAGACCCAACGUGGGUUCAUGAGAUUUUUCAGGGAACAUUAACUAAUGAAACCAGAUGUCUUACUUGUGAAACUAUAAGCAGCAAAGAUGAAGAUUUUUUAGACCUUUCUGUUGACGUGGAACAAAAUACAUCAAUUACUCACUGCUUAAGGGGUUUCAGCAACACAGAAACUCUAUGCAGUGAAUACAAGUAUUACUGUGAAGAGUGUCGCAGCAAACAGGAAGCACACAAACGGAUGAAAGUUAAAAAACUGCCCAUGAUUCUAGCUCUACACCUGAAGAGAUUUAAAUAUAUGGAUCAACUUCAUCGAUAUACAAAACUCUCUUACCGGGUAGUUUUCCCUUUAGAACUUCGUCUAUUUAACACUUCAGGUGAUGCCACCAAUCCAGACAGAAUGUACGACCUGGUUGCUGUUGUGGUUCACUGUGGAAGUGGUCCCAAUCGAGGCCAUUAUAUUGCAAUAGUUAAGAGUCAUGAUUUUUGGUUGUUGUUUGAUGACGACAUUGUAGAAAAAAUAGAUGCACAGGCUAUUGAAGAAUUCUACGGGUUGACAUCAGAUAUCUCAAAGAACUCUGAGUCUGGUUACAUCCUUUUCUAUCAGUCUCGGGACUGAGGGGGAACCGUGAUGAAGAGAUACUUUCUGCCUCAUUUCUUCUCUGGUUAUUUUGGAAAGGAUCAAGCACUGAUUUUUCAAGAAAAGAGAAAUGCAGGAAGCUCAGGGGGCAGUAGCACACUUUGCACACGAUAAAGCAAAGACGAUGGAUUGACAAGCCCUUCCGAUCAUGGUAGUUGGUUUAUUUGCUCAGGUAUCAUGCUGUCUGUACAGUUCCAUUCAACAAGGAGGUGAAAUCAGAGAUACCAGCUCCUCUUGUAAAACAGCCUUCCAGUCAUUGACACGCAUUUUCUCUUUAUUAAUUGCACCAAUAAUGCUUUGAAUUCCUUGGGAGUGCAGUAGAAAGAAUCGGGAUCUGUGCUGUAUUGAUAAGGAGGUGAUGUCGAACACACUGCAUAAAUUUGCCUGGUUCAAUGUGUAUAGAAGCAUAUUCGGUGUCUUUUCAAGAGUCAACCAGAAAUACUUUUGGGCCCAACACUUGCAGUUGCCUUCCUGAUGUAAAACCUAACAUGCUAGAUAAUCCAGUGUCGGGAAGACAAAGAUGUUUUGCUUCUCUGAAGAAGCUUAUAAUAAUAUACAGUGUAUGUAUAUGUAGGGAGCAA